AUGCAUUAGUCGAGCUUGGAGGUUGUGAUGUUCGGUUUGGUGCUCGUGCUUGGCGUGUUGGUUUCUCUUCACACUGCUUACGGAGAUGACGUUUCAAAGGUUAUUGUUUUAACUGAAAGCAACUUUGAUGAAACGAUCUCUUCUCAUAAAUACGUCCUUGUCAAAUUCUAUGCGCCAUGGUGUGGACAUUGUCAACGUCUAGAACCUGAAUAUAACAAAGCUUCGAUGCUACUCGAUGAAGAAAAUUCAGAAAUAAAGCUAGCCAAAGUUGAUGCCACUAAAGAAACUAGCCUUGCUUCGAAAUACGAGGUUCGGGGUUACCCAACUCUGAAACUCUUCCGUGAGGGCACUCCCAUAGAAUUCGACGGUGAACGAUCUGCUGAAGGCAUUAUUAGCUGGCUUAAGAGGAAAACAGGUCCAGCUGUGCUUACUGUCCAGUCUGCUGAGGAAUACGAGGAAAUUGUUGAGAAGAAUAAGUUUCUUGUUGUUGGCAUCACUGACAACACCGAAUCCGAAGAAUGGAAGGUCUUCCACAUCGUUGCUUCUAAUUCCGACGAAGUGUAUAUUCGUCCCACUGCUCAAAGCAUUCUCGAUAAACUCAAUUACAAAGGUGGUGUAGUUGUCGUUAUUGUCAGAAAGUUCGAUGACCCAGUUGUUGUGUACGAGGGAAAAAUGACAGUCGAUGAACUGACCAAAUUCAUCAAAACCGAGAAGGUUCCACUCGUUACGGAGUUUAACGAGGAGUCAGCGGUUGUCGUCUUCAGUAGUGACAUUAAGAGACAUAUAAUUGUGUUCAUGAGGAAGAGUGAUGAUGUCUACCAACCGUAUAUGGACGUCUUGAGACAGGUUGGUGCUGAAUUUCGUGGUCGUGCUCACGUCGUACACAUUGACGUCGAUGAUGAAAAUCAUGAACGUAUUCUCAGCUUCUUUGGAAUCAAGAAAGAAGAGUGUCCUACUUACCGCGUAAUUGAAUUGGACGAUUCCGUCGUUAAAUUCAAACCUGAAGUUGUUGAGUUUACAUUCGAGUCUAUGAAGGCUUUUACUAAUGACGCCAUUGAUAAGAAAAUUAAGCCUUACCUGCAGUCGGACGAUGUUCCCGACAACUGGGAUGCUGAGCCUGUUAAGGUAUUGGUUGGUAAAAAUUUCGAUUCCGUUGCACGAGACCCAUCAAAGGCCGUCUUUGUUGAGUUUUACGCGCCCUGGUGUGGUCACUGCAAACAGUUGAAGUCUCUGUGGGACCAACUCGGUGAGACUUACAAAGAUCACCCAGAGGUCAUCAUCGCGAAAAUGGAUGCAACGACAAAUGAACUGGAGAACAUUAAGAUUGGCAGCUUCCCUACUAUUAAGCUCUUCCCGAAAAAUAGUGAUGAUGUAAUCGAUUACAAUGGAGAUCGUACAGUCGAUGCUUUCAAAAAGUUUAUUCAGGAAAAGGGCAGAAUCACAAUGCCAGCCGAGGAAAUUGUGAAGGAGGAAUUGUAA